UGCUACAUGUCACUAUGAUAUUUACGUUGAAACUAAAACUACUGUUACACGAAUUGCAUUCAGUAAAUUUUCAAUUUCUGGAAAAAUUUAUAUCAACAUUUCUGAAAAAAUUAUGCCACCUCGAAGUUUUUUAAAACUGCAUCUACAGGAUAGAAGGAUGGAAGGCCACCAUUACACAGAUGAGAAUGGUUACGGUUAUAGUUAUGACCCCAAUCAGAUGUAUUAUAUAGACCCGAAUAUGCAACAGGCUGAUUUUUACCAACAAGGUCAACAGUAUGGUACAUGGCAGUGGCAGCCGCAAGGUUACCAACCUGUGCAACAAGCAAUGUACGGUGGAUAUCCUCAACAAGGGAUGAAUUAUAACUACUACAACCAGUAUGAUAAUGGUUUUGUUUACAAUCAGCAACAAGGUUUGGUUAAUUAUGAUGGUCAAACAGCCUACGGUAGGCAGUCUGUGUCGUCCAGAAGUAAACAUUCUUAUUCACAGAAUAGGUCUAAAAAUAGACAAAGACCAGAAGUUCGACAUAACAUCUCAUCAUAUGAUACCGAAAAUUCUAAUAAUAAUGCCAUGGAAGCAAAUAUUGUUUCACAUAAGGAAACUGAUUCAGAUGAAGUAAGUGGAGUUAAUUUGAUUAAUAAAGAGUCUUCAACAGAAAAUUCUAAUGAUGCAACAGAUUUUAAAGGGCAGGAUAAAUCUAGGAAUAGAGGGGGUAGGUUUCAAGGGACUGAUUCUCGGACAAAGAAGUUUGAUAGUAGGCAACAAGCAUUAGACAGACAGAAGGGCUAUGAUAGGAACCAAAGGUAUGAUAAAGGAGAUAGAAAUAAUAGCAGUGUAAAUGAUUGGGAUGUAGCAAAAGAUGAAGGUAAAUUGUCUGAAGAUACCGAAUCGGGAGCAAGGCCGAAGUCUUAUAGAGAUUCAAGGAAUAAUUUUGAUAAUAGGAGAGACAGAUAUUCUGAAAAAGAUAGAAAAAAUGUUCAGGAAGGCGGAAGAAAUGGGUCAAAGAGUUAUGGAACAGAUAAGAGUCACAGUGACAGCAAAAAUAAUGAAAGUAAUGAUAAAGUUUCAAAAGAUUUUGGUGAAAGUGACAGAAACGAUGCAAGUUCUCCGGUGAAUGAUGCCAGUGGUAAAUCUGAUGGUAAUGGGAAGGACCGGAAGAAAAAGAAAGAAUACCAGGUUUAUUCCUCGUCAAAUAGUCCGAGAGAGUGGCAAAUGAAGCCAAAUCAGUCAAACAGCCCAAGAAAUGCAUAUGAUAGGUAUAAUUAUAGAGGUCAGGACUACAAUAAAAGACAUAAAGAAUACAAUUCUCAGGCAAUAGAAAGAGGUGGUGAUAGGACCAAACUUACUGUAGAAGUAACUGGUGACGGAAGUGAGAAUCAAGAUCAAGAAACAGCGUCUAAGGAUGAUGAUGAUAGUGCUGGUGAUAUACAGGGAAGUAAGAAUGUGAGAGAUGCUCAAAGAAAAUCAAAGAAUAAUGGACCACAGAGAGGGUCAAGGUUUAAACAGAAAGGCAAAGUGGAUGAAAGUCAAAGAGGUACAUUGAUAGAACAACUAAGUAAAGGUAGCUAUGAGUGUAUGGUUUGUUGUGAGUCGGUGCGCGCCAGCAAUGCUGUCUGGAGCUGUAGUAACUGUUACCACGUCUUUCAUCUCCGUUGCAUCAAGAAAUGGGCGAAAUCUCCGAACGCUGUUGUGUCGGGAACAGAGAAAGACGGUUGGAGAUGUCCUGCAUGCCAGAACUUGUCUUUCAAAUUUCCUAAUCAGUAUAGAUGCUUUUGUGGUAAAGUACGAGAUCCAGAGGUGAGUCGUAUGGACACACCGCAUAGUUGUGGAGACGUGUGUCAGAAAGAUAGAGGAGAAGGUUGUAAACACCCUUGUAACAUACUAUGUCAUCCUGGUCCAUGUCCAGAUUGUAAUGCCACUAUCACAAAGUCAUGUGACUGUGGGAAAACAAAACAAUCAGCUAAAUGCAGUCAGUCUACAGUUAUCAAAUGUGAACUAGUCUGUGAAAGAAUGUUGAACUGUGGACGUCAUUUCUGUCAAGCAAAGUGCCAUUCAGGACCUUGUGAUAAAUGUGAGAAAGUCAUUGUACAAGAGUGUUAUGGGGAGCAUGAAAACAGAGAGGUUGUUUGUGGGAGUGAGGAAUCUUUCACUGAAUCCUACAGUUGUAAAUGUAUUUGCUCAAAGAAACUGGACUGUGGCAAUCACGAAUGUGAGAAACCGUGUCACAUACAUGCCUGUGAUAGCUGCACAUUGCUGCCCAAAAAUACUUCACACUGCCCCUGUGGUGCUAAAAAACUUACAGACCUGAGUCCAGAGCCGAGGGUCAGCUGCCUGGACCCCGUACCAACCUGUGGUGCUGUUUGCAAUAAAGUGUUAGACUGUGGUCCUGCAGGGAGUCCGCACAGAUGUGAGAGGACAUGUCAUGAGGGACCAUGUGGGCCGUGCAAUGGAACUACCUUACUAUCUUGUCAAUGUCUCUUCAUGGACAAGGAAUUCAAGUGUUCAGAAAUUGCUAAAAUGACUGAAAAAGAUCAUAAAUUUCUCUGUGAUAAAAGGUGCAAUAGAAAGAAAUCCUGCGGCAGACACAAAUGUGGACAACCAUGCUGUAUUAGAGAAGAGCAUCCCUGUGACUUGGUAUGUGGUAGAAAACUACCUUGUGGUCUGCAUAAAUGUACGGAACCGUGCCAUAAAAACAACUGUCCUCCAUGUCUAAUGGCUGGAUUUGAUGAGUUGACCUGUCACUGUGGGGCCGAGGUGUUAUACCCGCCUAUCCCCUGUGGUACCAACCCUCCAGAGUGUUUUAAACCAUGUACCAGACAACACAGCUGUGACCAUACAGUGCGACAUAAUUGCCAUAGUGAGGAGAAAUGUCCUCCUUGUACAGAACUUACUAAAAAAAUGUGCAUGGGGAAUCAUGUCACUAGAGCUAACAUACCAUGUCAUCUGACAGAUAUAUCUUGUGGUAUGAAGUGUAGUAAACCUCUACCAUGUGGUGAACAUUCCUGUAUCAGAACUUGUCAUAAGGGUCCGUGUUUAGAAGAAGAUCAGGUUUGUCAACAGCCUUGUCAGAAGAAACGUGACCUAUGUGAUCAUAUUUGUGGUGCUAUGUGUCAUGGAGAUACGCCAUGUCCUAAAACUGCAUGCAAGGCUAAGGUGAUAUUGAAGUGUGUAUGUGGACAUAAGGAGAGCGAGACGCUGUGUUCUACAGGCGGAAUCUCUCCAGACUCUGACUAUCAAAAAUUGGCUAUGCAAAGUUUAAAAGAUUCCAUUCAGGGCAUUAUGGGUGCUUCUUCAUCUGUUAACAUCAGCAAACUUAAUCAAAUAAAACAAGGACAGGCUCGUGUGCUGGAAUGUAAUGAAGAAUGUGCUGUAAUAGAGAGGAACAGACGUAUUGCUCUCGCUCUAGAAAUACAGAAUCCUGACCUCAGUAGCAAACUGGGCAGUCCAUCUUAUACUGAUUUCCUAAAGGAACAAGCAAAAAAAGAUCCAGUGUUUGUAGCCGGUAUUGAGAAAGCCUUCGCUGAUCUUGUUCAGUCUGCGAAACAAUCCAAGCAGCCCUCAAGGAGUCACGCAUUCCCGAGUAUGAAUAUGAACCAGAGAAAACUUGUGCAUGAGUUGGCGGAAUUUUACGGCUGUCAGACACAGAGUUAUGAUUAUGAACCAAAGAAAAAUGUAGUGGCUACAGCUCCAAGGGAUAAGUGUUGGUUGCCGUCGGUAACACUGACUGCCCUUGUACAGAGGGAGCUUCACCCUCGAGCCCCACCACCAAUACCUCAUCUCUUUAAAGAAGACACUCUCAGGAUGACAAACCUAGCAACAAAACAAUCAACAUCGGUUCUCGGAGGUGAACCAUCAUCGUCCUCCAGCACUCCCGAGGGCUGGCAGGUGAUAGGAAAGAAGACGAAAAAGACGAGCUCGAACUCCGCUUCCACAUCAAAAUCAGCUAUCUCAACAAUAGACAAGUUUGAAUCCGACUUGGAGGACAUUUGCUCUACAGGGACUAUUAAUUACGACUCUCUCAGCAAGGAGAGUAAACAGGCUUUGAAAUCUGAACCGGUGGUCGAUUACUUCGAUUUCACUGUUAAUUAAUUAACACAGUUUUAUGUGUUGACCGUUUGUAUGCAGACAAUUAUGUCUGGUACAGGGAUAAUUGAUGCGGUAAUAUGUUUAUGGUUUCUAUAGAAAGAAAAGUUGUUGUAGCUUUAAUUAAAUCUUGAAAUAGAUGUGGGAAUAAGGCUGUAAUUGUACAGGGAAUUACUGUACGAACUAGGGGAUUUUCAUGAAGCUGAGGGUUACUGCCAGUGUAAAUAAGAUGAAGAACAAUGAUUAUUAGAGCUGUCAUCAAUGGAAACAAUAUCGAUGUAUCGCUGAUAUAUUUUCUGUCGAUCAAUAACCAAUACACAUUUAAAUAUAUCGGUAAUUAUGAUUAAUUAUUAAAAUGUCUAUAAAUUAUGAAAAUUCACUCAAACAUAUACAAAAGCAGGUGGCCAUGUCUAACACUAAGCUGUUGUUACAUAUUUGACACAUUUCAAAGCUGUGAUGAUAACAAAAUGGUCAGAAAAAAUCAUGCAAUGGUUAUCUGUAAACAGGACACAACAUAUGUGUAUGAACAGAACAUGUGUUUUACUAAAAUCAUUUAAACAUGUAUGAAAGUGAAAUAUACAGAAGAAAUCAGGUUAAGGGAUAAUAAAGUUAUGAUGAAGUUUUUUGAAAUUUUUAGAAAAGCUUUAACAUAUAAUGGAUGCAAUAUUGGGUUGUUUUUUAAUCAGAAUAUUUUGUUGAUCAUUGUUUUGAAAAUUCAUAGUAAUAGUAUUAUAAACAGUCUUGUUUGAAGGUUAUUUAAAUAGCAGUAUAUGUGUAAUGUAUGUCUUUAAGUAAUGCAUAAUGUUUAUUUAAUUAUAAGUUAUAGUAUCAGAUAUCACAGGUUUUGAAUAGUUGCAAAAGUCAAUUAGUCAAGUGUUUUUUAGCUUUAGUUUGCCAUUCAUUUAAUUUCUAUCUUACUCCCAGAAAAAGAAAAAAAUCCUAUGCUACAAGGUGGUUUGGUAAGGCAAAAUAAUAAUAAUAAUCAUUUUCUAUUUGUAUAUAAGGGAGAUAAAUUUUUCCAGUUUAAGUAAAGAAUAAUUAUAAAAAUGGUAAUUAUUUAUUUUUGACACAACAAAGGAACAGUAAUGUAAAUUUUUGUGAAAUAUAUUGAUUCAGUUUAAAAGUAGUAAAAGUUUCUGGGGUUAAAUAUUAUAAUGUUAAUGGAAUUAAAAAAUUAUGUUUAAAAUUUAAUGAUUUAUUUGUAUUGAUUUAUACAUGCACGUAUUUAUAUUAACUUAUUUCAAGUUGGUACUUUGUUUGUAAACAUUUUGUAUAUUAUGCAGAAGUGAUUUGUUUGACAUGCUGUCAAAUUGUGUUAAGUUGUUAACACAGAAUUUAGCAAGCUGUGUUUUCAUAUAUAACUUAACUUAGAACAUCCUCAGGAUGGACAUGUAGGAAGUGGUAAACAAUCACUUCUUUGUGUGUACUUUGGCUGCCAAUUGAACAUACUGAUGUACUUGCUAUGUAUAUUCACCAACAGAAACAUAUUUUUUUCCGUCACCUACAAAAAUGUAUGUAGGCCACAUGCUCUAGAAUACUGUUUCUAAUUAAAAAAAAAAUUAACUGAAAAAUACAAAAAUUGAGCUCAAUUUUCAGAUAGAAACUGGUUCUUUUAUAAAGAUGAUGUUAGGCACCAUUUUCUUUCUUCUUCUUUUUUAACCAACCCAAUACAUCAGUUGCACUAUUUCCAGAAUGAAAGUGGUUCUUUCAUGAGCAUAGCAUAAUAAGGCACCAUUAUGUGAGACUUUGAUUUUUAAAAACCUCUUCUGAAACACUUUGAAGUGGUUCUGUUAACAGUAGCAGGAAAUUGAGCCUGCAACCCUAUAUGCAUAUAUUUGUAGUCAAAAGUGUUCCCUAAGACACUAGACCAGUGUGCCGAGUCUCAGCUGACAGUAUGGUUCCCAGCAUCAUAUCUACAGCUAGUAGGAUGCUCUCCCUUUGCAGUUUUGUCUGUUAACUUACCUGCAUGCCUCCAGAUGAGCCAAAAUAUUUCAAGAAAAUCAAACUUAAGAAAAAUGUACUAAGAUCUAAAGAAAAGUAAAAAAGUAAAAAGAUUCACAAUUCAAGUAAUAAUUUAAAUGUUAUGUGCGGUUAAUGACUGAUUUUGAAGUAUUUAUCACCAUAGUUCUACUGUGUGACUAUUGCAGUAACUGUAAGGUCUGUUUUUGCAUAUUUUGACCUUUUUAUGGUAAUUUCAGUGGAUUAUAAGUGAUGUUUGCAGUGAGUAGAUUGCUGGCCAUGUUCCCCUUCCCAAUAUCUUACAUUUAAAUACAUUUUCAAAAUACUUAUGAAAAUUUACAUGAUAGCUUUAAAUACCUAUAGCACCAAAUUUUCUCCACAUUUUGUUAUAAUAUUCAUAGGUCGGCCCUUGAAUUAGAAUUAUAAUCAUUUAGAAGUUGUUAUUUCAAGACGAAGCCCAAUUAUGGUUAAAAUGCACAGGAAGGUUUACUUUCAUGUCGUAAAAAUAGUGUAUAUGUUUUUUUUGUUGUAAAUUUGAUAUAGGAUGGGGUUGUUUUUUGUCUUUUUGCAAUGUUUCAUUUAUGGGAUAGUUUCUUUUUGUUAUUUUUCUGCAUGUUUCUUUCUGAUUUGAUAGUAUCUAUUUCUUACCUCGUUUAAAGUUAUUAUUUUUGAAAUUGUGGGUAAAAUUUUAAGAGAUGUUUUUUUGUUUUCUUUUUUUUGUAAAAUUUAAUCUGUGAUUUGUGUAAUCAAAAUAAAUAAGUCACCAUUU